AACACAUUCAUCAGCAGGACGAGGAUGGCCACGGCUAUCAGCGCGGCAGUGUGGGCAUUGGGCAAGGCGCUGGCUCCCGUUACUGAUGACCUGCUCAAGAAUUGGGCAGCCAGUGACAGUCUUGGCCCCAACAUCAGCGCCCUCAAGACGGAGCUGCUGCGUGCGCAAGGGAUACUAUACACCGCGCAUGACAGGGUCAUCGCCAACCCUGCGCUCAAGGAGCUGCUGCACAUGCUGCGGCAGCUGGCGGACAAGGCGGAAGAUGUGCUUGACGAACUGGACUACUUCCGCAUCCAGGAUGAGCUCGACAGCACCUACCAUGCAGCCGAUAAGCAUGCCGGGGGUUGCAUGUGUGGCCUCGCUCUCCAUGCGCGGCACACUGCCCGAGCCGUUGCCAGUAAAUUCAACUUCUCCUCAGCUGGCAUCUUGCGCACACCAAAACUGAAGUUCGAUCGUGUGGAGAUGUCUAAACGGAUGGCAGACAUUGUACAUCAGCUGGAUCCCAUAUGUGUUAAGGUGAAGGAAAUCCUUGAUCUAGAGCUCCGCAAAGUCCAGCCUACCCAAGGCAUCAGACCCAAAACAACCCCAGCAAUAAUAGAGCCAGAGAUAUUCGGGAGGAAUGUUGAGAAAAAGAACGUAGUGGAUGGCAUCACCCAUGGAAAAUAUUGCGCCGAUGGACUUACCGUGCUUCAAAUUGUUGGCCCAGGGGGUAUUGGGAAGACGACUUUCACACAACACAUAUAUCAAGAAGUGAAGAGCUCGUUUGAUGUUAUGAUUUGGAUAUGUGUAUCUCUCAAUUUCGAUGCGAACAGGUUGGCACAAGAGAUUCUGAGACAGACCCCUAAAGUAAAUGGUGAAAAGGAAAAUGCCAUUGAGGAAGAGCUUAUCGAAGAAAGAUUAAAACAUAAGAGAUUCUUGCUGGUCUUGGAUGAUGUGUGGACAUAUGAGGAAGAUGAGUGGAAGAAACUGUUAGCUCCCUUUAGAAAAGGAGAGGCAAGAGGUAAUAUGGUUAUUGUCACGACUCGAAUCCCAGAGGAAGCUACAGUUGGAAAAAUAGUUGACUAUUCGAUAGAAUUGAACCGCUUAGGAACUGAAGAUUUUAUGCACUUAUUUGAAGCAUACGUAUUUGGUCACCAACAGCCAUGGAAAGACCAUCCUGAAUUACUUGAUGUUGGGAAAGAAAUAGUGGCCAAACUGAAGGGUUUUCCUCUUGCAGCAAAAACCGUAGGUAGACUACUAAGAAAUCAGCUUACAUUGGAUAAUUGGACAAGAGUUCUAGAAAGCAAAGAAUGGGAGUUACAAACCAGCAACCAUGAUAUUAUGCCAGCUCUAAAGCUUAGCUAUGAUUAUCUUCCUUUCCAUCUACAGCAGUGUUUUUUCUAUGGUGCUUUGUUUCCUGAAGACUAUGAGUUUGGUAGCAACGAGUUGGUUCACUUAUGGACAGGGCUGGAUAUUUUAGACUCUUCUGAUCAGAGGAAAAGACUUGAAGAUGUUGGACUGUGCUAUUUAAAUGACUUGGUUAAUCGUGGAUUCUUUAAGAAGAAUGUAAAAGUAGAUGGCAGUGCUCAUUAUAUUAUGCAUGACCUACUUCAUGAGCUGGCAGUGAAGGUUUCAUCGUCAGAGUGUCUUAGCAUAUCUAGUUCUAAUGUGAGAUAUGUACAAUCUUCCCCAUCUGUACGUCACUUGUCUAUCAUUAUAGAUGAGAGAGAUGUCAAUGAUAGAAUGGCCUUUGAAGAAUUAAAAAGGGACUUGAGUACAUUGGAAGAGAAAUUGAAAGUUGAAGACCUACAAACUGUGAUGUUAUUUGGAAAACACCAUGGAUGCUUUGCCAAGACUUUUGGUGAUUUAUUUGCAGAAGCAAAAGCCCUUCGUGUUAUUCUGUUGUCUAAGCCACUUUAUGGAUACAUUGUGGAGGAUGUGUUUUGCAACUUUCCAAGACUUGUUCAUCUUCGCUACCUAAGGAUAAUACCUUUCGCAAGUGUAACUCUAACCAGCAAUAUGUCAAGGUUUUAUCACCUGAGGGUUCUUGAUGUUCAAGAAUACAAUGUUCAUGUUGAUCUUCCAAGAGAUGUGAGCAAACUUACAAAGUUGAACCAUUAUCUUGUUCAUGAGAGGAACUUUGAACAUAGAACUUCUGAUACGGGAAAACUGGAAUUAUUACGGGACUUGAGAAGCUUUAUGGUAAAAAAGGAAAAUAUAGGUUUUGAAAUGAGACAGAUUGGUCGUUUGGCGGAGUUUGGUGUGUCACUAAGGAUUCAUAGCAUUGAGAAUACUGAACGACAGGAAGAAGUGAAUGAAGCACGACUGAUACACAAAACCCACAUACAGAAGCUAAUGUUAGAAUGGGGUAUUGGUCGGACUAAUAAGGAUCCUGCAAAAGAAGAUCAUGUUCUUGAAAGCCUUCAGCCACAUAGCAAUCUUGUAGAGCUACACAUUGGAGGACAUGGAGGUGCUACCUGCCCUUCAUGGUUAGGUUCGAACCUCUCAGUUAAAGUAUUGGAAUAUCUUUGUCUGGUUGAUGUAGCUUGGAACAAUUUUCCACCUCUAGGAGAGUUGUUGUUUGUUAGUGAACUUGGUGAAGAGCAUCCCAGUGGUAUCCAUAGCCAGAGCUUUCAAAAUUUGAAAAAGAUAGAAUUGGUUAACAUAUCAAGGUUGAAAAAAUGGGUUGGAAUUAGCACUUGUCGUUUGGUCUCUCUCCUAGAAGUAAUCAUUGUUAAACAAUGCUCUGAACUGGUGGAGCUGCCAUAUUCAGGUUGGCAAUCAGCACAAGAGGCAUGCGUGACUUGGUUUCCUAGAUUACGGAAGCUCGAGAUUAUGGACUGCCCAAAGCUGUUGGCAUUGCCUCCUGUUCCUUGGACUCUUGGUCCAUGCUCUGCUAAGAUUGCAGGGGUAGGAUCAGAUUUCAAGGAGUUGACUUACUCAAAGAAUUGCAAAUCAGAAUCGAGUUUGGAAGUUGUUGGGAAGGAGGGUGGUCAUGAUAGCACGUUCUGGAAUAUAUUGGCAUUCUCUAAUCUAGCUGAUCUAUCAAAGCUAGAAAUGCAGAAUUGCCCUCCGCUGCCACUGGAUCACCUCCAAAAGCUAACGCCUAUUAAGUGGCUCAAAAUAAGUUGUUCCAGCAAUGUCUUGUCACAGACUGAUGUUGAGAGUCCUGCCAUAUACCAGUUACGAAUUGAUACCCUGGAGAUUUUUCAGAGUAGUGCUAGUGAGAAGGAACUGGCACAGCUGCUCUCGUAUCUCCCAUAUCUGAGCAAGUUAGAAAUAUACAGUUGUAAGAAGAUAACAAGGGUUGGUGUGCUGGAGCAGCAGAAAACAGCUCAUAAAAUGGGCUUUGGACGAACUGGACCGCAGCAGCAAGAGACAAGAGGAGAGGAGGAGAUAGCAACAGUAGCAGCAGGAGGAGAAGCACUUGUGCUCUUGCCUCCCCAGCUGCAGGAAUUGAGUAUCCGCUAUUGCCCACAGUUGACCCUACUCUCCAGUUCGCUCAACGAUGGUGGACAAGGAGGAGGAGGGCUCCAAGGCCUCCUCUCCCUCCGCAAGUUGUUUAUAACUGGUUGCCCCAAGUUCCUCUCCUCUUAUUCGUUCUCUUGUUUUCGUUUCCCUACCUCUCUACAAAUCCUAUAUCUCGACGACUGUGGGGAUUUAAGAGGCGAGGGUGUGUGGGCUAUUGCACAGUGCCGUCUCGCAGUUUUAGAAAUCUGGAAAACCCCCAAAUUCUUUGCCAGUUCUGAACCCCAAAAUUUUCCCCGUUCCUGCAAAAUUGAGAACAUAAUCACAGAUGACCACACAGGUUUCCUUGCUGCGCCCAUCUGCAGCCUCUUAUCCUCCUACCUCACCAAAUUAAUCUUGUGUACAGAUCGAAAUAAUAAGUUGGAGCGCUUCAGUAAGGAGCAAGAGGAUGCCCUUCAGCUCCUCUCCUCCCUCCAGGAGCUCAGGUUUAAAUUCUUCUGCAAGCUGCAGUGCCUCCCAGCGGGGCUACACAGAAUUUCCAGACUCAAGACAUUACAGAUUGCAAACUGUCAAGCCUUCCGGUCGCUGCCCAAGGAUGGCCUUCCAUGUUCUCUACAAUAUUUAGAUAUCGGUGGCUGUCCUGCCCUGAAAUCUCUACCCAAGGAAGGCCUCCCAAGUUCUCUGCAAGAUUUACAGAUUUCGAAUUGUCCUGCCCUGAAAUCGCUGCCCAAGGAAGGCCUCCCAAGUUCUCUGCAAAGUCUACGGAUUUGGUACUGUCCUGCCCUGAAAUCGCUGCCCGAGGACAGCCUCCCAAGUUCACUGCGAAAGAUUGAUUUCCGGCUUGGCAACAGCGAGGAGCUAAUGUGGCAGUGCCGCAGGCUAAAAGGAACCAUUCCUAUAAUCGAAGGCUAAU